GGGAGACGUCACACUCCAACAGACUUUAGAGAAGUUUCCAAAAAAGAGCAGAGUUCCUUCACAGAGGAUUCCAGCCGCGUCUCUCUGCUGUUCACCCUCAUCCAUCUGUGCCUCCUCUAACAACUUGUCCUCUUUCUCCUCGGCUGCUGUCAGAAAUCAAAGAAAUCCACCAUGGAGGCCAUCAAGAAGAAAAUGCAGAUGUUGAAACUGGACAAGGAGAAUGCCAUUGACCGUGCAGAACAGGCAGAGAUAGACAAGAAAGGUGCAGAGGAUAAAUGCAAACAGCUGGAAGAGGAGCUCUUGGCCCUGCAGAAGAAGCUGAAGGGUGUAGAGGAUGAAUUGGACAAAUACUCAGAAUCACUGAAAGACGCUCAGGAGAAACUCGAGCAGGCAGAGAAGAAGGCCACAGACGCCGAGGCUGAGGUGGCGUCCUUGAACAGACGUAUUCAGCUGGUUGAGGAGGAGUUAGAUCGUGCCCAGGAAAGACUGGCCACGGCGCUACAGAAGCUUGAGGAGGCAGAGAAAGCCGCAGAUGAGAGCGAGAGAGGAAUGAAGGUGAUUGAGAACAGAGCAACAAAAGACGAGGAGAAGAUGGAGAUCCAGGAGAUGCAGCUGAAGGAGGCCAAACACAUCGCUGAAGAGGCUGACCGCAAAUAUGAGGAGGUGGCACGUAAGCUGGUUAUCCUUGAGGGUGAACUUGAGCGCUCUGAAGAGCGAGCUGAGGUGGCUGAGGCUCGAGUCAGGCAGCUGGAGGAGGAACUUAGGCUCAUGGACCAGAAUUUGAAAUCCAUGAUGGCUGGAGAGGAAGAGUACUCCACAAAAGAAGACAAAUAUGAAGAGGAAAUCAGAGUACUCACUGACAAACUGAAAGAGGCGGAAACCCGUGCUGAGUUUGCUGAGAGGUCUGUGGCAAAGCUUGAGAAGACCAUUGAUGAUUUAGAAGAGAAACUAGCCCAGGCCAAAGAGGAGAAUCUAAACAUGCACCAAGUGCUUGACCAAACUCUUCUGGAGCUCAACAACUUAUAAAGGUGGAUUUGUGCAACAUAAACAAGAGUCUUACAUCACACCAAGCUUUCCAACGGGGCCUAAUGUACCUGCUUUCUUGCUGUGGGCACACAGAGAGUGGAGUUCUUAAUAAUUCACUUUUAUAAAUGAGUGUCUUGCAGUCACACACUUGCCAUUUUUGUCCAGACAGUCCAAUGCAAACAAUGGGUCUCAUUCACUAAUAAAUGUGUACAAGCUGCAUAUUUAGGUAGACAGAAAAAAGUUCUGCAUAUGUACAGAAAUUUGUUCUUACCUUCGUUCUAAUGUUGAAGAAUUUAGAUUAUUCUUAACCCGCAUAUCCAAAGUUAGUUACUACCAUAAAACAUGCCUAACAAUCUCCUUAUGAGGGCUUUUUGAACAACCUCUCCUGUACAGCGAUUUGUCACUCUCUGCAUAUACAGUUGAAGUCAGACGUUUACAUACUCUUAGGUUGAAGUCAUUAAAACAAAUUUUUUAACCACUCCACAGAUUUAAUAUUAGCAAACUAUAGUUUUGGCAAGUCGUUUAGGACAUCUACUUUGUGCAUGACACAAGUCAUUUUUCCAACAAUUGUUUACAGAUUGUUUCACUUUUAACUGACUAUAUCACAAUUCCAGUGGGUCAGAAGUUUACAUACACUAAGUUAACUGUGCCUUUAAGCAGCUUGGAAAAUUCCAGAAAAUUAUGUCAAUCCUUUAGACAAUUAGCCAAUUAGCUUCUGAUAGGAGGUGUACUGAAUUGGUGGUGUACAUGUGGAUGUAUUUUAAGGCCUACCUUCAAACUCAGUGCCUCUUUGCUUGACAUAAUGGGAAAAUCUAAAUAAAUCAGCCAAGACCUCAGAAAAUAAAAUUGUGGACACCUCCUUGGGAGCAGUUUCCAAAUGCCUGAAGGUACCACGUUCAUCUGUACAAACAAUAGUACGCAUGUAUAAACACCAUGGUACCACGCAGCCAUCAUACCACUCAGGAAGGAGACGCAUUCUGUCUCCUAGAGAUGAAGGUAGUUUGGUGCGAAAAGUGCAAAUCAAUCCCAGAACAACAGCAAAGGACCUUGUGAAGAUGCUGGAGGAAACAGGUAGACAAGUACCUAUAUCCACAAUAAAAUGAGUCCUAUAUUGACAUAACCUGAAAGGCUGCUCAGCAAGGAAGAAGCCACUGCUCCAAAACCGCCAUUAAAAAGCCAGACUACAGUUUGCAAGUGCACAUGGGGACAAAGAUCUUACUUUUUGGAGAAAUUUCCUCUGGUCUGAUGAAACAAAAAUUUAACUGUUUGGCCAUAAUGACCAUCGUUAUGUUUGGAGGAAAAAGGGUGAGGCUUGCAAGCCGAAGAACACCAUCCCAACCGUGAAGCAUGGGGGUGGUAGCAUCAUGUUGUGGGGGAUGCUUUGCUACAGGAGGGACUGGUACACUUCACAAAACAGAUGGCAUCAUGAGGUGGAAAAUUAUUUGGAUAUAUUGAAGCAACAUCUCAAGACAUCAGCCAUGAAGAAAGCUUGGUCGCAAAUGGGUCUUCCAAAUGGACAGUGACCCCAAGCAUACCUCAAAGUUGUCACAAAAUGGCUUAAGGACAACAAAGUCAAGGUAUUGGAGUGACCAUCACAAAGCCCUGACCUCAAUCUGAUAGAAAAUGUGUGGGCAGAACUGAAAAAGCAUAUGCGAGCAAGGAGGCCUACAAACCUGACUCGGUUACACCAGUUCUGUCUGGAGGAAUGGGCCAAAAUUCCAGCAACUUAUUGUGAGAAGCAUAUGGAAGGCUACCCAAAACGUUUGACCCAAGUUAAACAAUUUAAAGGCAAUGCUACCAAAUACUAACAAAGUAUAUGUAAACUUCUGACCCACUGGGAAUGUGAUGAAAGAAAUAAUAGCUGAAAUAAAUAAUUCUCUCUACUAGUAUUCUGACAUUUCACAUUCUUAAAAUAAAGUAGUGAUCCUAACUGACCUAAGACAGGGAAUGUUUUCUACGAUUAAAUGUCAGGAACUGUUAAAUGUCAGGAACUGUGAAAAACCGAGUUUAAAUGUAUUUGGCUAAGGUGUAUGUAAACUUCUGACUUAUAUAUAUACACACUGAUGAGACAAAACAUUAUGACCAUCUGCAUAAUAUGCUGUUGAUCCUCCAUGUGCUGCCAAAACAGCGCCGACCUGGCAAGAGAUGAACUCUACAAGACCCCUGAAGGUGUUCUGUGGUAUUUGGCACCAAGACAUUAGCAGCACAUCCUUCAAGUCCUGUAAGUUGCGAGGUGGAGCCGCCGUGGAUCGGAAUAGUUGGUCCAGAACCUCCCACAGAUGUUCAAUCAGAUUGAAAUAUGGGGAAUUUGGAGGCAAGGGCAACACCUUAAACUCUUUAUCAUUUUCCUCAAACCAUUCCCGAACAAUGUGUGCAGUGUGGCAGGGCGCAUUAUCUUGCUGAAAGAGGCCUUCUUCCACUGCUCCAAGGUCCAGUUCUGACGCUCGUGUGCCCAUUGUAGGCACUUUUGACAUAGGCGCUCUGGCGGCUAGGCAGCCCCAUGAGCAGCAGGGUGCGAUGCACUGCGUGUUGUGAAACAUUCCUCCCGUAACCAUCAUUACAAUUUUCUGUGACUUGUGCCACAGUAGACCUUCUGUUGGUUCGGACCAGACUGGAUAGCCUUCGUUGCCAUCGCACAUCGAUGACCCUUUGCCGCACAACACCCUGUCACCGGUUUAUGGUUUGUCCCUCCUCGGACCACUGACAGUAGGUACUCACCACUGCUGACCGGGAGCACCCCACAAGCCUUGCCAUUUCAGCAGUAGUGGUUCUAGCUUGAAUGGCGAAACCCCCUUUAGGAGAUGAUCAGUGUUAUUCGUUUCACCUGUGAGUGGUCAUAAUGUUUUGGCUCAUCAGUGUAUAUACUGUAUAUAAAUAAAUAAAUAAACAUUUUAAGUUAAUACAUUUCUUUUAAUGCUUUGGGAGUCUUUUUUUUUAUUUUUAUUAUUUUUUUUUGUGUACUUUUGGUUUCAUCUGGCUCAAAAUUGUGAACAUUUAGAAUAUAUUUAAGUGCAAACUUAUUUAGAAUCAUUAAUCAUUUCUGCAUAAAAUACAAAAAUAUGUGCCUGUGUACAAUUAAUGAAUGGGGCCCAAUGUCUUUGAAGGGAGAAGUACAUGUUUGUACAUGUUGCAUUUGUAAUGUUUGAAUUAAACCAAACCAAAUUAGACUAUAAUACUGGAUUUAUUGUAAAUUUUACAUUUACUUUAUAUUUCAUGCAAUUUUUUCCCCUCUCAAGUGACCUAGUAGCUUUCUGACUAUGUAUAUGUAUAUGUAAUAAUGUAUGUUCAGAUUUUUAAACCAUUCCAACAAUUCACAGUAAAAGUUUUGCUAAAUAUUUUACCAUGUCUUUGUCUUUAGUUCAUAAAUGUUUUUAUUACUAUUUUUUACCAAGAUACACAGUCUUGUGAUUGUAACAAAUAUACAGUCACCGACCACUUUAUUAGGUACACCUGUGCACCUACAUAUUCAUGCGAUUAUCUAAUCAGCCAAUCAUGUGGCAGCAGUGCAAUGCAUAAAAUCAUUCAGAUACGGGUCAGGAGCUUCAGUAAAUGUUCACAUCAACCAUCAGAAUGGGGGGGAAAAAAUUAUUUCACAGGAUGCAAGAGGUGUAUCCUUCGUUGGCACUCACAACCCGCAAUCCUUUGCUUCAAUGGAAACGUACAUAAUUUCUUUGAUAAAAAGACACCGAUUCACCCGAAAAUAUGUUUAAAUGCAAUAUAUUUUUCCAGUCUUUAACUGUCCAGUUUUGGUGAGCCUGUGCCCACUGCAGCCAAAGCUUUCUGUUCUUGGCUGACAAGUGUGGAACCCAACAUGGUCUUCUACUGUUGUAGCCCAUUCGCCUCAAGGUUUGACAUGUUGUGCAUUCUGAGAUGUUAUUCUGCUCACUACAAUUGUACAGAGUGGUUAUCUGAGUUACCGUAGCCUUUCUGUCAGCUCAAACCAAUCUGGCCAUUCUCCGUUGACCUCUCUCAUCAACAAGAGAUUUCUGUCCGCAGAACUGCCACUCACUGGAUGUUUUUUGUUUUUGGAACCAUUCAGAUUAAAUUCUAGAGACUGUUGUGCAUGACAAUCCCAGGAGAUCAGCAGUUACAGAAAUACUCAAAUCAGCCUGUCUGGCACCAACAAUCAUGCCACACUCUCAAUUACUGAGAUCAAAUUUUUUCCCUAUUCUGAUGGUUGAUGUGAACAUUAACUGAAGCUCCUGACCCAUAUCUGCAUGAUUUAUGCAUUGCACUGCUGCCACACAAAUUGGCUGAUUAGAUAAUCGCAUGAAUAAGUAGAUGUACAGGUGUACCUAAUAAAGUGUUCUGAGUGUAUGUCUCGUAUCACUACUUUUAAAAUCAAUAUUUCAAUUAUGAAAUGUUUUUACAUUGUUUAAAGCUAUCUACUUCAUUUAUUUUACUCACUGUAACUCGUUCUAGGUAGUAAAGAAAAGGGAUAUAAUUAAUAAAACAGUAUACAGGUGCAUCUCAAUAAAUUAGAAUGUCGUGGCAAAGUUCAUUUAUUUCAGUAAUUCAACUCAAAUUGUGAAACUUG